AUGGAGUGUAAAAAUCCAAAUGACUAUUUUAGAAGAAAUUUAGCCAUAGUGCUCUUUAGGGAACACGUGCGUGGCUGCGUCAAGCUGUGCAUUGAGAAGGCCAUGAAGAAGUAUGAGGAGGAGCAGCUCAAGAAGAGGAUUGGCCCCGGCGGCCUGGACCCCGUGGAGAUCUAUGAGUCUUUCCCUGGGGAGCUCCCGAAAUGCUUUGACGUGAAGGACGUGCAGGUGCUUCAGGACGCCAUCAGCAAGAUGGACCUCGCCGACACAAAGCACCACGUGGAGCUCUGCAUCGACUCCGGCCUCUGGGUCCCCAACUCCAAGUCCUGCGAGGCCAAGGAAAAGGAAGAAGCAGGGCCCGGGGAACACUUGCUAGAAGCCGUGCCCAAGCCAGAAGAUGAGAAGGAUGUCAGCAGGUGA